CUCGCCGCCGACAUCGUGCUUGCACAACUAACCAACUGUAGCCGAGGGUCAAUGCCAGCGACAGGACGGACGAGCAUGGACAGCAACGCGGCGGUGGCGGCGGCCACGAUCUCAUAGUCGCGACACGAGUGUAAAUACGAGAGACUCUUCCCCCUCUUCGGCUCGUCCCCUCCUGCAGUCGCCCAACCGGUCGUGCGCGUCCGUUCACCGUGGGACGCCGCGUAGGAGACAUGUCACAUCGUCGAGGAUCGCGAUAACGAUGGCAUCGCCUGACGAGUCGCCGGACGGAAUCGGGUCACGUUUCGCACGUGCCGCCGACGAGACCGAGUGGGUCCCGUUGUCUCUGACACUGGUGGAAUACCCGCGAGGGGAUGUUUUCGGGCUGUUUUUUGCUGUAAUAAGUCAAAUGCCCCUUGCCAUUAUAGUUGGUUUCGUCACAUUGGUACUUUUUAGGAGGGAUUUACAUACCAUUGCAUUUGCGAUCGGACUCGCCAUCAAUGAAUGUAUAAAUUACGUAUUAAAACACACGAUUCGUCAACCGAGGCCAAUGAAGAGAGAUGGCCUGUACACUGAAUACGGCAUGCCGUCUACACAUGCACAAUUUAUGUGGUUUUUCGCUGCAUACGCAACACUUUUUAUAUACUUUAGGUUAAAUUAUAACUGUACGAUAGUCGAGAGAUUUUGGCGGACAAUAGUAGCGAUAGGAUGCAUCGUCACAGCCAUCUUGGUAACUUACGGCAGAGUGUAUCUACUGUAUCACUCCAACACCCAGAUAUUCUGCGGUGCGUUAAUUGGAAUUGCGCUGGGAGCAGCGUGGUUCAUAAUUAUGCACACAAUCCUCACGCCAUUCUUUCCUAUAGUAGUCUCGUGGCGAAUAUCGGAGUUCUUGUUGCUGCGCGACACAACGCUGAUCCCCAACGUCCUGUGGUUCGAGUACACAAAUAUUCGCACGGAGGCUCGGGCACGAGCGCGAAAGCUAUCGGCGAUCGGCAGGUCGCAUUGACAACCAAUCACGAUCGACCAGUAGGCCGAUAACGUGUAAUAAAUGCCUUGAUAACGAACGACUCGAGACAUUUAAACUUAACAUUCCUGCGAUUGAACUGCGUUCGUGAAUUAAUGCGACAAUGCGUUCGAGAUAUUCGUAUAUCCCGUUAGCAGAGACGGUUUUAACGUUUCACGAAUUCCAGUACAAACGUGAAACUGAUCUACGAAAGCGAUCGUCAUUGCGAUAUAAUGCGUCGUCAUCCAGCAUUAUCGUUAUGAUAAUUAUUGUCUAUUAUUAGAUAAUAUUGAUACGAUAACAUUAAGCUAUUUUUAUUGAAGAAAACAAUCCAAGUAAUACCGCCGCAUCGAACGUGGUGCUAGUUUUUAUCGAUUUGCAACUGCUGGGGGAACAUUGCAUCCGAGGAGAAAAUAAUGAAUGCGACCGCUACGCGUGUUAUAACAGUUUGCUGACAUUGCCAAGAUUACAUCAAAAUGCGUUUGCACGUUCAAGCACGAUUGUAUUCCCAGCGAGAGUUACAUUCUUUUUUAAAAUUUCGCAUUUUGUUCAACGGUACGUUUUGUACCAGCUCCGCGAAGAGACGCGCAUAUCGCGCGUGUGCUAGAUAUCCUCUUUCCAUGUGUUCCCGACAUUCAAUUAAAUAAAAAAAAAAACGAGAUAA